UGUGUCGGCUACGCACCGACGAAAGGAAACCCUUAAGAAAACCCUUUCCUCUCAUUCUCACCUCUUCAUCUGUUUUUCUCCACUUAUAUUUCAACAAGAUUUUAAAGAUUCCAUUCCAUAAAACCACAAAGCUGCCUUUCCCUAUCUAAAAACGAUAGCAAGAAGAAGAUUAUUAGAACCGAAGACCUAAUAUGGGCAAUUGUGUGUUCAAAGGGUUUGGAGAAGUUGAAGAAAUGGUAAAAGUGGUAACAUCCAGUGGCGGCAUCAUGGAGUUAUUCGCACCCAUCACGGCAGAGUGCAUAACCAACGAGUUCCCAGGCCAUGCCAUUUACCGCAAACGUGACUUGUUCUCUCAGCCUCUCCUUCACAACGAAGAGCUUCAUGCAGGCGAGCUCUAUUAUCUCCUCCCUCGCACCAACAACUUCGCAAAACAAAACGGUCAAAACAACAACCUUGAAAGCAAGAGUAACAGUAUUAUAUCAACUUCUUCAUCUAUGAAUACUCCAUAUCGCAUGUCGUUUGAUCAGCAAAGGGUGUUGAAGAGAACCGAAGCGGAGGUGCUGCCGAGGUAUAACAGCAGUGGCGUGUGGAAGGUGAAGCUGGUGAUAAGUCCAGACCAAUUAGCAGAAAUCCUGGCGCAGGAGGCUCGAACGGAGGCGUUGAUAGAGAGCGUGAGGACGGUGGCUAAGUGUGGAAAUGGGGUGUCAUCGGUGGCUAAUUCUGAUCAAUGGAGUGUUUCUAGUAGUUGGAAAGGAUCCUUGGGAAAAUAUGCUGAAUAUAGAUGGUGACUUCAUUAUAAUUAGUGUGCAAUUAAUAUUUGUAUUGUGUUACAUAUAUCAUGUUUCUUUAGUAAGUAUUUUCUCUAGAUUGUAGAAUAUUUAAUGGUGUUAAUUUUUUUCAUCUUGGAAGUGAAAAAUGGUAGCUAACUUAGUGCCAUGCGUGUGAUUACAAUAUGUAAGCGACAUAUAAUUCUUUGGGCUUUUUACAAGCAAAUUAUAAAAGGGUAUUUUUCAUUUUUAAAAGGGGAACACCAAAGUGAUGAAAUGAUUCACGACAAGUUUAAAUGGCUGAGAAACAUAUGAUAUUUUUUUCUUGACGUCUCAUAUUUGGUUUCUUUGCGGAUUCUCCCAAACACUUACAUAUACUGUAUGGAUAUUGCAUAAUAAUAAGUGCUGGUUUUCAUUUUAAAGAAUACAAUUUUACAUGAACAAAUUAAGUUCAACUGCAAAUCAAGGUUGAGUGUAGGUUCUGUUCGAUGCUAGGCAUCCUAAAAAGUACCUUUUUGACAAAGAUGUAAUCACCGCCCAAAAAGAUAAUGAAAUUGUCGUCGUCUUUUGCUUUUCCUCCAUAUUUAAAUAUUUACUAACAACAGUGCUUUCACCCCCUGCUUAAUUUAAUAUUUGUGAAAAAACCACCA